AUGGGAUUUGUGCGCAGCGCUAACGAGCCCAAUGUCUACCAAAAGUGUCAAGAAGAUGAAGACACUCUACUUUUGUGCUUGCACGUAGAUGACAUAAUUUAUAUGGGGUCUUCAGAAGAGAUGUUAAGAGAGUUCAAAGAUACAAUGUUAAAGACUUUUGAGAUGACGGACUUGGGUCCCAUGAGAUACUUCCUUGGCUUGGAAGUGAAGCAGCUGAAUGGGUCUGUAUUUGUAUCACAACGCAAAUAUGCUGAAGACCUUCUCAGCAAAACUGGAAUGCAACACUGCAAACCAGUUAGUACACUAAUGAACUCCAAUGAAUGGUUCCACUUGCAGGAUAGUUUAGGUAAAGCUGAACCUUCAAAAUAUAGAAAGAUUGUUGGAGGAUUGCUCUACCUCACUCACACACGACCGGACUUGAUGUAUGCUGUAUCAGUUGUGUCCCGGUUUAUGCAAGCUCCAAGCAUGCACCAUUUAGGAGCAGUUAAAAGAAUUUUGAGAUAUGUGAGUGGGAUAGUCAGUUAUGGCAUUCAGUAUAUGAAGAAUGAAGAAUUCAAGUUGAUGGGCUAUUCAGAUAGCGACUGGGGAGGAUGUCAAAAUGAUCGAAAAAGUACCACAAGGUGGAUUUUCUCACUGGGAUCCGGUGCUGUGGCUUGGUGCUCAAAGAAACAAUCUAUCACUGCGUUGUCAAGCACCGAGGCAGAAUACAUUUCAAUUACCUCAGCAUCCUGUGAAGCAGUUUGUUGCGUCGUCUCAUGGAAGACUUAG